AUGGAGAGUGAUGCCUCAAAGAAAAGAACAAACACCAAUCAAUCACCUUCUGUUCUUGUUCCCAAGAGGCAGAGGGUUGUUUUGGAAGAAAUUCCAGAUCUCAACAUUCCUGAUUAUCACAACCCUAACCUCAGCAAAUCAGAUUCAACAUCAACGCUUUCUUUACUUCCCAAUUCCAAUUUGGAUAACCCAGUUUGUAACAAAAGCAGUGUCAAACGUGAGAAUCAACAGAUUAUUGAACCUUAUGUAUCCGAUAUCUCUGAUUAUCUUCGCACGAUCGAGGUAAAACGGAGACCAGCGGUUGACUACUUGGAUAAUGUUCAGAAAUGCAUUACUACAAACAUGAGGGGGACAUUGGUUGAUUGGUUAGUUGAGGUUGCUGAUGAAUACAAGCUUCUUCCAGAAACUCUUCAUCUAGCUGUUUCUUACAUUGACAGAUUCUUAUCUAUUCAAUCUAUCAAUAGAUCCAAGCUUCAGUUGCUUGGUGUUUCUGCUAUGCUCAUUGCAUCGAAGUAUGAAGAAAUCACUCCACCUAAAGUGGUAGAUUUCUGCCAAAUUACUGAUAACACCUAUGAACUGCAUGAGGUUUUAGAGAUGGAAGCUCACAUACUCAAAUCCCUAAAUUUUGAAAUGGGAAACCCCAAUGUCACCACAUUUUUGAAGAGGUUUGUUGCAAUUGCAUCUGAGAAUCGAAAGACUUCCAGUUUGCAGUUUGAAUAUUUGUGCAACUAUCUUGCUGAUUUAAGCCUUCUUGAGUAUGAGUGCAUACAAUUCUUGCCUUCCGUUGUGGCUGCCUCUGUUAUAUUUCUUGCCAAAUUUAUUAUUCGGCCUAGAGUACAUCCAUGGACUUUGUCCCUCUAUGAAUCAUUGGGUUAUGGAUCUGAUGAUUUAGAAGAUUGUGUUACCAUUCUACAUGAUUUGUAUUUGUCAAGAAGGGCAGCAUCCUUGAAAGCUGUUCGUGAUAAAUACAAGCAGAACAAGUUCAAACGUGUAGCAAACUUGCCUUCCAUGCCAGAGUUGCGAGAACAUUACUUUGAAGAAGUUCAUAGCUGA